UUUAUAGUAGAAGCUCUCACAGUACUUGGAGAGUUCAAGCCGUACGGCUUAACAGCUGAAGCUCUCGACGGCAAGCCUGAAUAUAACAAUGUCGCCGCCGAUACGUACGACUACUUCCUUUUUGACCCCGAAAUUGUCCGAGACCAAUGCAAACUGAUUCAGGUUUUGGCUAAAAAGUUUGGAGCUGCUGUUGUUUCCCUAGAGCAUCGUUACUAUGGUAAAAGCACACCCUUCAAAUCAUCAGAGACGAAGAAUUUAAGAUUUCUUUCAUCGAAACAAGCACUCUUUGACUUGGCUGUGUUCCGUCAACAUUAUCAGACCGUCUUAAACCUGAAGCUAAAUAGAACAAAAGCUGAAAAUCCCUGGAUUGUUUUUGGGACAUCAUACUCUGGAGCUCUCAGUGCAUGGUUUCGUCUUAAGUUUCCACAUUUAACAUGCGGAAGCGUUGCAAGUUCUGCAGUUGUUCUUGCUGUUUACGAUUUCCCUGAAUUUGACCAGCAGAGUCCACGACAUAAUGUCACUUUUAUGGCUAUAUUGUCCUCGCAUCUGAUUCUGAAGGAUUUGCUGGAAGAGCCACAGAUAUGUGUAUGUUCAGAGAGCAAGAACUUCGGAACGGGACUUAAAAGGCUACCAAGAAUCUUAUAGAGAAUUGGAGUUGGCUUGUUCCCAGAUGUUGGAUUUUCAUAUUUAGCUGCACAUAGUCUCGGAGAAAGGAUCAAUUGGCUCAUCGAGUUGCUCACAAGUUGUGGAGUGAAUGGCAUAGGCAGCUCGUUCUUGCUUUACACUCGCGAAUAGCUGAUGUUUUUGCUGUGGA